CUCGCCUCUUUUUCUUUCAUUAUUGUAUUGUAAAACUGCUGUUAUUAUAAUCGAAUCUCUGCAUUUGUGUUGCCUUUGUUUUGAAUCUUGAUUGUGAAUCUGGAGCUGUGACAUAGCAACAUUUGAUCUCUGAUGCUCCUUUCCAAAAAUAACUCACCUCAUUCUUGAGGCGUACAAGGGGAAAGCGUAAGGCCCCUAAAGGAAAAGCGUGUGUUUAUGUGUGAGUAAUCUGCAGCUUUUUUUCACUACAUACGUACAUGCCCCAUGCCAGCAACAGCAAGUGUACAAUGCAUAAACACAAAUCUGUCAGAGAACUACAAAACUGCUAUACUGACUUUGGCUUUGGGUGCUGUUUAAUCAACUUGUCUGCAGCAUGUUUUCAAGAACGGUGUGCCGACAGGAAUGAACGAGACGUUGAAUCAUCUCAACUGCUUGGCUUCAUUUUGAUUGGCUGAACGUCAGCCCACCUCCAGAACCCCAACAGACUGUUCCGACGCUUCUUGUGCCAGCCAGCGGCUCAUUGACGUCAAUGGAUUUCAGCAAACACACCCUACGUGGCCAGGAGGCGGAGCCCAACACCACCUCCCCCCUUCCUCGCCCAAACCUGUGAUUGGUCGAAAAAAAAAAGCUGUUUCCUGACCUAGACAGGAGGGAUCAGAGGAUCUCUCGACCCUCAUUGGUCGUCUGGCGACAUUGAUUUGUAAUUGAACCGUCGGCUCAAGGACAGAAAUUGGCUGACCUGCGCUACGUUUCUGUGUUGUGGAAGAUUUCAUGAAAGAGAAGCAGCGGAGCAGAGUGAGAUGCUGUAAGGAGCAAAGCGCACUGAACACAUCAGUUCAUCUUUGGAGCCAGUGUAUGCCACCUUUUCCCGUGUUGCUCCGGAUGGAUACCAAACCCGCCUCCCCUCCUUCCUCCAUGGUGGCGGGCCCCUCCUCGCUGUGGCGGCUGGCUGAGAGGAGGAGUAGGAAGGCUGGCUCUGCGAACAUUUUCAGCGACGUGAAUCUGUGGCAGCUACAGAGACUAUUCAGGUCAGCGGGGGAUCAAGAUGCGGAGCAGAGGGCCCAGCUGGUUUGGGGCCAUGGAGAUGAGGCUGAACUGGCUCAGGCUUUGAAAGGACUGAGGGCCCGGAGUCACCGGAGAGGACUAAGGGCCAACGGGAGAGAGGUGUUGGGCUCACACUGGCUACGAGCCUUCAAUCACCUCAGGAUCGGAGAGAGCUCGCCAAUCAGCCAGGGGAAGGAUCCCGGGGAGGAGAGUGUUUCUGAGGCCGGAGGAGCACACAGCAGUCCAGAGACACGCCGACACACCUCCAUAGGGACAACAGGAAGAGGUACAGCGGCCACAGGGGUACUAACUGAGAGCCAGGGCCCUGCAGGGACUUCGGAGAGACCAGUCAGAACCACCUCAGGACUGAGGAGAGGAGGAGAGAACAACCCAGAGAGAUACCUCCACAGAAUACUCCACUGACUUGACCAAAAGCUCUGAGAUGCAAAACUGACUUAAAGACUGUUCGUGCGAGAGCGGACCAGCACCUCAGUCUGCACAGCCUGCUCACCUGUCCUUAAUCAUGCUUGGGUGUGUUACAAACUGGAGCUAGGUUGAAUUCACUUCUGGGAAAAGCAACAGUUACAAUUGAAAUUGUAUUGCAGGUUGAAUAGUUUCUUAUGAUGCCGUAAUGGCACUGAUCUGAUGGCAGUCUGCUGACACUGCACUGUUACUUCUUGCAGACACGUCUCCACCUGAAUAAUGGAGGCAGCAUAAAACUCUCAAUGACUCCUGUUAUCUCACAACUUUUAUGUUGUGGUUACCUUAUGAUGUGUUUGCAUAACUUCAUCCCACCACUCGCUCUAAUCAUGCACACUGAUAAGUAUGGACAGUGACGUGACUUUCAAAGGUGGGGUGUGAAGGAUUUGGGGACAUCUAGCGGUGAGGUUGCAGAUUGCGACCAAUGGAAAGUUCUCCCGUGUGCUAAGAGAAUAGGAAAACUACGGUGGCCAAUGUGAAAAUGUGACUGGCCCUAUCAGCGCCAGUGUUUGGUUUGUCCCUUCUGGGCUCCUGUACAAACAUGGCGUACACUGUGAAGACGACCCAACCCCCUAUUUAGAUUUUAAAAAACCAGCUAAUUUUAAGGUAGCAAAAACACAGAGAUUCUCUUCAAUUUUCGGUUGAUUAUUACACACUUUUAAGAAAACAUUCUUAUUAGUAUUAUAAUCUAUUUCUGCGAAUAGAUUCCUAUAAAUGCAACACACUGUUGCUUUAAGUAGUAUUGUAGUUCAGUGGUGUAAAUCAGAAAGUGAAUAAGAUUAAUAAGGCAAAAAGUCACUUUAGAAAUGGCCUCAUCUUCCUCUGACCUAUUCUGCUGAAAGAACUGAUGUUCUAAUAUGUAUGCCUGCACUGUGGAUGAACUUAUCAACCAUUCUACCAGCUACUGUAUGUCCCUGUUAUCUGUGUGGUAUGUUACGCAACCGUAUAAUUGGGUACGAGUGCAAUGGGAGCAAUGUGAGGCGACAUGAGAUGUAGAAAUACAUGUCCAUUGACUGCACAUUCAAAGAUGUUGACUCAAACUUAAGGAUUCAACAUGUAAAGGUAAUCUCUGACAGUCACUGGUUUAUAGAUAUUGAAAGUGAAGUGUCAGGCGGUUAAAAGAGACCAAAAACAAUAAGUAGACCCUCGCUGUCUACUUGAAAAUGUAAUGUUCUCAUGUUAAAAUGUUCAUGGUGUGAAGUGAAACCUACUUUUCCUAUGAAAUGACUAUGUUAUCAGACUUCUGGAAGGUUUUUGUUAAUACUGUUGGUGUCAUGUUUAAAUAUGUGGUAAUAAAGAAGUGAGUCUUUGGAUUGUUUGUCUUGUUUUGUUUUUUUAAUGAAGUUAUAACACUGACUUUUUAAAUCUGUAAAAUAUUUUCACAAAGUAAUGAAAAUGCCUCAGCAUAUGUUUACUGAAAUGGCUAAAUACAGUUUUAAAAAAUAAACAUCUAGUUCUGUAGUCUAAGUAAUGCAUUCAUCAGUCUGUUGUUUUUGGUUGCUCAUUGUCACCGUUGUCCUGCAUUGUUACAAACCAGUUACGCACAUUCACAGCCAGGACCUGCAGCUUGCACCACAUUCUGCCACUUUUAGCCACUGAGCAGCUCCACUGGACCAGUUGGCUGUUAAGUGCCUUGCUCUAGGGCACCUCAUUAGCUGUUUUUGAUGAAUAGAAGAGCUUUACACAUUUC